AUGAAGAGAAUUAUUACAUCCAUUCUCGUUGUGUUUAUCUCCAUGGCUGGAUGGCUGGGAGGUGCCGAUACCGGUUCCAUUAGCGGCAUUUUAAAUAUGAAGGAUUUCCAAGCUCGUUUUGCGAAUCGUUUUAAUCCUUCUACACAUGAGUAUUCUUAUACGGCUGCGCGUCAAGGUCUUUUGACGGGUAUGGUGAAUGCUGGUUGUCUGUUUGGUGCCAUGCUUUCUUCCCCGUUUACGGAAUUCAUUGGAAAGCGAAAUUCUAUUUGCUUUUUUAGUGGAUGCUAUAUUAUAGGUCAAAUUGUUUUGAUUACUUCCAUCCAUUCUUGGGUGCAAGUCUUGGUUGGUAAAAUCUUUGUCGGUCUCACGAUCGGUGCCUUGUCUGUUCUUAGUCCAAGUUACCAAUCAGAAGUCGCCCCACCACAAAUUCGCGGCGCCGUUGUCUGCACAUACCAAGUGUUUCAAACAUGCGGUACAUUGGUAGCAGCAUGCAUCAACAUCGGAACCAAGGAUCUCGCCAACACAGCCACUUGGAGAAUCCCUCUAGGAAUCAACAUGCUUUGGGGAGUAUUUCUUAUGAUCGGUGUCCUUUUCCUUCCUGAAUCCCCUAGAUACCUUAUUUACAUUGGAAAAGAAGACCAAGCUCUUCAAGUUAUGUGUGAGACUGCUGAACUCAGCCCAGAGACCGAUAUCAUUCAAACAAACUUCAACACGAUUCGAAGUGAUAUUGAUAAAGAGAUGGCUGGAGGAAAAGCAAAAUGGGGUGACAUCCUUGGUCCAGAAAUUCGGUAUCGUACUGCUCUUGGGUUCUUGACUAUGCUUUUAAGAGAGCUCAUCGGUAAUAACUACUACUUCUAUUAUGCUACUCAGGUGUUUAAGGGAACCGGAAUGACAAACAAGUAUCUUCCUGCAAUUAUUCUAGGUGCCAUCAAUUUUGGUACGACCUUGUGUGUACUUGGUAUUGUGGACCGCGUUGGUAGGAGACUUCCGCUUGUGCUUGGUGCCAGUUUUCAGGGUAUAUGCUUUUUCAUUUACGCCGCCGUUGGUGAUAAAAAGCUAUAUAAUCCAGAUGGUUCUUCAGACACUAGAGCCGGUUCUGUAAUGAUUGUGUUUUCAUGUUUGUUUAUCUUUUCCUACUGCUGUUCUUGGGGACCUAUUGGUUGGGUCAUUGUUGGUGAAACGUUUCCAAUCCGCUAUCGCAGUAAAUGUGCUGGUGUCGCAGCUGCAGGAAAUUGGCUUGGUAACUUUAUGGUUUCUUUCUUUACUCCCUUUAUUUCAAAUGCUAUAGGCUUCAAAUUAGGAUAUAUUUAUGCUUGCAUUAAUGUUGUUUCAGCGUUCCAAAUCUUCUUCAUGGCGAAGGAAACUAAGGGAUUGACGUUAGAAGAGGUGAAUGAUCUUUAUCUUUCGAACGUCAAGCCCUGGAAUUCUUCCAUCUACAUUCGUAAUGUUAAGAAACAUCAUAUUGAAUUCAGCAAAGAAGAAGAAAGACGUGAAAGAGAGAAGUCCAAAGGAGCCCAGGGUCAAGAAGAAGAAUUUAUUGAAAAUGCCGAAAAAAUUGAAGAUGUUGAUAAAACCGUUGAUGCCGGAAGAUUGGACUUUAAAAUAUAA